AUGCCCCCGGAAAGCGGCAGACAGAAAAGACUUCACCGCGGCAAUACAAAGCGGGCGGUCUAUACGACAGCUCCAAGUCAGCACCCCAAGGUUAUACAACUACCUGUCAGUCACACCGAUAACAAUCCUCAUGAGAUCAAUUUUGGUUCCACUGCUGUCAUGUGCUUGUCAAACAGUGCCUCCAGCGAGAUCACCAGCGAGACCUCUGAAUAUCGAACGCCGCCAUCCUUGAGCCCUUCCCAUGCACAUGUCGCCGUUAUCCUGAAUGGUUCGAUGUUCUGA